AUGGGUGUGGCCAUACAGGGCGUGUUCCCCGGGCGUGUCCUGACCCCGCCCCUCCCCCAGGUGCCCCGAGAAGCCCCCCGGGAGCCCCCCGGGCGCGCGGCCGAGCGGGCGGCGCUGGAGAUGCAGCGGCAAAACCGCGGCUACCGAUUGGUGGAGAGCGACGAGGAGGAGGAGGGGCCGAGCCCCGCCCGGGACCACGCCCGGGACCACGCCCAGGACGAGCCCCGCCCCCGCCGGCGGCACCUGAGGAGGCGGCGCCGCUCCGAGUCCCCGCCCGAGGCGGCCGCGGCGCCGCCAUCGCCCCCGCCGCCCCCCGAGCCCCCCGAGGAGCCCGAGGAGGAGUGGGAGGCGUCGGAGCGGGAGCGGCUGCGGGAUCUGCGGGAACGCGACGCCUUCGCCGAGCGCCUAUCCCCGAGCUCCCGAAACGCUCCCGCCGGGAAUCCCCGAGCUGCGGAAGUGCUCCCGCCGGGAAUCCCCGAGCUCCGCAAGCGCUCCCAUCGGGACUACCCGUUUGAUGCUGUUACUUCUAUCCCCGAACUCCGCAAACGCUCCCGCCGGGAGUACCUGGCGAAGCGCGAGCGGGAGAAGCUGGAGGAGCUGGAGCUGGAGAUCCAGGACGAGGAGCUGCUGUUCGGGGAGGAGGCGCUGAGCG